CAUAAACCCAUGCUGGCUGAGCCCGAUCCCCUGGCUGUCCCACAUGUGCUGUAUAAUGGCAUCCAAGAGGAUCUGCUCCAUGACAUUUCCCGGCACCGAGGUCAGGCUGACAGGCCUGUAGUUCCCCAGAUCCUCCUUCGACCCUUCUUGUAGAGGGCGUCACAUUCACUAGUUUCCAGUCAUCUGGGACCUCCCCAGUUGACCAGGACUGCUGAUAAAUGGUGGACAGUGGCUUGGCGAGCUCCUCUGCCAGCUUCCUCAGUAUCCUUGGGUGAAGGAGCGGGUCGGUGACUGCCACCUCGUGAACAACUGGGACUUCCUUCCGCAUACUAUCUCAAUUUCCCAGCACAGGGGCCUGACAACCCCGAGGAUGACCAGUCUGACUAUUAAAGACUGAGGCAAAGAAAGCAUUAAGUACCUCAGCCUUCUCCUCAUCUUUUGUGGCAAGGUUACCUUCCACAUCCAACAAAGGAGGGAGAUUCUCCCUGGCCCUCCUUUUGUCACUGAUGUAUUUAUAAACACAUUUUUUGUUAUCUUUAACGGUGACGGCCAGUUUAAGUUCCAGCUGGGCCUUUGCCUUCCUAAUCUUUUCCCUGCAUAACCUCACAACAUCCUUGUAGUCCUCCUGAGUCACCUGCCCCUUCUUCCAAAGGCAGUAACCUCUCCUUUUUUUCUUGAGUUCCAGCCAAAGCUCCCUAUUCAGCCAAGCCGGUCUUCUCCCCCACCUGCUCGACUUACGGCACAUGGGGAGGGCCUGCUCCUGCGCCUUUGAGACUUCCUUCUUUAAUAACAUCCAGCCUUCCUGGACUCCUUUGCCCUUCAGGACUGCCUCCCAAGGGACUCCGUUAACCAGACUCCUUAACAAUCCAAAGUCUGCCCUUCUGAAGUCCAGGGUAGCGGUUUUGCUGAUCCUCUUUCUUACUUCUCCAAGAAUCAAGAACUCUAUCAUGUCAUGGUUGCUGAGCCCAAGACAGCCUCCAACCACCACAUCACCCAUCAGGCCUUCUCUGUUUGUAAAGAGCAGGUCCAGCGGGGCACCUCCCCUGGUUGGCUCGCUUACCAGCUGCGUCAGGAAGUUAUCUCCCACACACUCCAUGAUGCAAAGGAAGAAGACAUGAAAUCAUCAGUAGGUUUAUGUGCUCUGGCAUGGGUUAAAAUUAAAACUGAAGGGGCAUUUCCAUUUUCGUUCUCCCUUUCCUGGCCCUGGCCGUCACUGUUUUUCAGAGGUGAUGAGAAUGAUAAGGCAGUAGGCGGCUUCUCAUUUUGCAGCACAUGGUUCAUUAUGGUGACAUUGGCCCAGCAUUUGAGGCUACUAAUGUGGCAUACUCCAAGGCUGCCCUGGCCUGCCUUAGAGAAAUUUUAGGUAUCUAUUUGCCUGUAGAAAUUUGCUUUCCUUAUGCCAGAAUGAGAGCAACUGCCCACUCUUCUCUCUGUGUACUUUCUCCUUGUGGUUGGGUGCUGGAAUAUGACAUGGUAAAGUGAAAUGGUCUUUCUCUGUUCAAAAUCUCUGGCUCGAUGAAGGUCUUUUGAUGUAGUUUUGACUGCUCACUCAAGAACUAAAAUGGCUUAACUUGGUAACUUUUGAUUAGUUCCCUCCCUUUACUAAGCAUAGCCUGCUUAUGUGUAAAACAAUAGCAUCUUCACAUGAAAGCCAGGAGCUCAGCUUCUUCCCUCAGGGGCCAAGGAAAGGAAAAAUGCCUGCAGUAUGCUCUGGAAAGCUAAUAAAAUUUGAAACUGAGUGAAGACCCUUUUCAGGGUCUGAGUUGCAGUUGGUGUGGAUGUAUUCUGGAGCAAAUUAAGAUAGCAUUCAGCUUUUAUAUCAUCUGCUAGGUCAUGUUGUGAGCAAUAAUAGGAAAGGAAGCUCAACAGGUAGGACACUGACAUCCUGUGUUAAAUUUAUAUUGAAAUCAACUUAGAAAAACAUAUAUCAGAACACGUUUGGAGAUAUAAAGACAGUUCUCACAUGCUAGUCAUCACUGUAGAUGCAGCUGCAGAAGCCAUUUCUGCUGCUUUAUGGAUAGAUAAGUUUGCCCAAAUAUGAGUGUCAUAAAAGAUCAGGAAAGCUCCCGCAUUUGAAGAUGGAGAAUAUCAGGGACUGCUGAAAAUGGUCCUGGGGACACAUCCAGAAGGAAGGGGGACCACCUAUAUUAACUGCUGUGUUUGAUUUCCACAUUUGGAAUUGCUGUUCUAGUUUUGUUUACUGUACCUUUUGAAGCAAGCAGUACUGAAAGCAAUUUUUCCAUGACCAUGGGCUUGUUCAGUACUCUCAUGACGUUUUGGAGGUACUUGCCUCAGCAGGAAAUACACGCCGAUAAAUAACAUUGUAAAAAGAAUAUAAUUUGGCCUGACUGACUUCUGUUGUAGCUCCUGCCUCACUACAGUCAAAUGUAAAAGCACCGUAAUUGGCAGAGAGCAGAAGACCAAGCUCUGAGAGGUGGUCUGCAUCUGUAGAUAGCAGAAUGCAUCUAAAUGGCUUCUACUCUGACCUCAGCAAACUGAUGAUGAAAAGAAGGCACUGGGAUUAUUCAUUUCAGCUUCUCUGGAUGCUGGAUGGAGAGAGAUUCACGGGCACUUUGGUGCCCUCUGGGAGCAUGACACCAAAUUCUAGCGUGACCCUGGAAUAGAAAAUAUUUGCCUUUGUGAUUUUAUUAUUUAUUUUCUUGGGAAUCCUCAUCGUUCGCUGCUUCUGAAUACUGCUCAACCCCUACCAGAAUCCAACCUCAGCCUGGACUAAUGGACUUGAUGGACUGGAGAAAGGCCAGUUUGACUGUGCUCUUGCUUAGAGACUGAGAAUUAUGGAGUCUUACUUAGCACUCUGAUAAAGAAAAAUCCUGGAAUGUCUCUUUAUUUUGUUUCUGAUUUACAUUUUUGCAAGUAUUGUAGGAGUUGUAACAUACAAAUAUGCACACAAUGAAUUUUAUUUUAAUUAAAUACCAAAGCAACUUAAAUUUUUGAAAGUAGUUUAGUGAAUCUCCUCACUGGGAAAAGGUGAAGGUUGCCGAAGAACUUUUCUUCAGAAUGCAUUGAAAUAUGUAGCGUAUGUGAUCUCUUAUAACCAGCUAAGAGACACCAGAGCAUGUUUUUCUUGUAUAGCCUUUUUAUCAUUAAUAAGAGUCUGUGGAAGAAGGUGUCUUAAAAAUGAGGUGAGAAUGUGUUUUUAUGAUCCGUAUGUAGUAAAUUAACUUUUCAAGCUCCACAAGACUCUUCUUACCCUAUCUCCCAUGCUCUGAAGUGAGGAAGUUUCCCAUACUGUAAGAUAAGACUGAAAGAGCUAGAAAACUUCAGGAGAAAAAAAAUCCUCAAUGUUUUCCUAGGUAUUCAAUAAGAUGCUCUUUCUUAACAUUAAGCAGUGAUUAAGCUACAGAAUACUAACAAAUCACUAACUGUAAUCUUUUUUGUGAAUAAGAUAUGUAAGGAUUUUGUCCUGUCUUUGUCUUUUUGUGCCAAAACUAAUUUCUAUUAAAAUAGGUUUUUGCAUUGUUCUCACAACAGCUUAUGCAAAAAAAUUUGAGUCUUACAUGUAUUUCAAACCCUGCAUUUCCAGCAUUCACUCAGUCUGUUUAUUUCGUGUGCAGGUCACACUGCAUUGGUUUUGUUUCCAGUUGAAUGACUGAAACAUUGGUUCUAAGAAUCAAUAAGUAGCCACCACCCUCUUUACCCGUAAAUGUCUUUGAACGUAUUUGUACAAUGAAACCCCAUUCCUAGAAGUCAAUGUAAACAAAAACCUAUCUGCAUUAUUGAUCAGGGAAAGAAAGAUUUAAAAGACUGCAUAAAAUUUAGUAGAACUACUUAGAGUCCAAGUGGAUGUUUGAAGGCAUUGUUUAGCAGCAUUGAAAUACUAUAGUGGUAACAACAUUUGAGGUACUGCCAGGAGGGAAAAGACCAUGCUCCUGAACCCAGAAGAGGUACUAGUGCUAUCAGGCUUCUCAAACAUGUCAUGGAAUGCGGAGGGGAAGGUGCAUGCUGCCUGUUUUCUGACAAAGCUUUAGAUUUAUCUAUUUUACUCUUACUAUAAUAAUGACAAGCUGUUGGGAAGUUUUCCUCUGUGCUUUGGCUUGCAGCCUGUAAAUGGAGAAACAAAGCCAGCCCCGUAGCUGGUACAGCUGGGGCUGUGCUGACUCAUCCGAGCUGACGCUCGGACUCUAGCUGUGGCACUUAGAGCUAUUUAUUUCCCUUUACUGCUUGUCCUGUCCAUCGGUAAAGGUUGCAGCUAUUUGUAGCAGAGGCAGUGGAAGGAGGCGUGGCUCUACACGCUGGCUAUCGCAGUUCACAGGGGGCAACCAGAGGCCCAAACACAGCUCCCUGAUGAGUUCACAGAAAUAAGCUGGGCUGUGAUCUGUCACUGCCAAAAUACAAGCACAGCUCGCUGCAGGGGUGGUAACCUUCGGGAUGGAGUGGGCAGGAGGGGAUGGGAACACAACUGUGCUCUCCAGAAGCCGUGAUGUAUUGGCUUUAGCUAUGUAUCUAUCAGUGCCAGGCCACCUAAAUGAAAGCAAAGUCAAGCUUUUAGAUCGUUUCCCAAAGGUAACAACAGUGUCCCAUACAAGAAAUGUUCCUGUUGUUGCAGCAGUGCUUCCUAAAGCAACACGUUGUCAAUAUUUGUGAAGCUGCAGUAACGACAUUUCUCCCUCUGGCCUAGGAUUUCUCUCCUGUGUCAGGGGAUGUUUGUUUGAAGACUCUAAACAUUUUAUUUUCUUUUAAAAGAAAAAGACUUUCCUCAUAAUCUCACCUAAAGAGGGAGGUGAUGACUCUGGUCGAGGGAAUGUAGCACAGUGUUCAAGCGAGGCCAUUUGAUCCUUGUGUGGAGUUUGGAAGUUGCUAACUGAGGACUAUUUUGGAGACUUAGCCGGCCAGCAUCUCUGGUAUGUUUGGAAGAAUUCCAAGGAGAUAUUUUUGUAAACCACUGGGAUAAGUCAGUCUAUUAAGGGGAAUUUAGUGCUGCUGGGCAGUCACUUUAAGUCAGCCUAUUUGUGGAUAUUGCUAAAUUGACUAUAGUGAAGAUAGGAAAUUCACACCAGUUCCCCCACUGUGGCAGAGAGGUUUUCCUUCACACUCUCAAAGUCUAACAGAAUUUUUCUGAAGACAUGCUGACAAUUCAGUUUCAUGAUAGUUUAUUCUUCCUUUGCCUGGAGAAACCAGACCAGACUUUGAAUGGAAAGACCACUAUUCCAGUCCACAAAGUAGCCUCUGGCACAUCGCUGUGCCUUACAAGCACAUGUAUUCACUGUGGAAUGACCAGAAAUAUUAAUGAGACCAGAAAAGGAGCAUCUGUGUGCUAAUGCAGCUGUGCUUAGGCAGCUCUGCAGCACUCUGGUAUAGGCUUUUGUUUAUUAUAUCAGUUUCUGUAGAAAAUCCUGUGCAAUCUUUAAAAACUCUUUAGAAUGAAUAUUUCUUGAUAUAAUUUAAGGAAAUAUGCUCUUACAUACUGUGGAGAAAGACGGAAUAUGUGUGAUUUUUUAAUAAAUACCACAUUUAUGUUAGUUUGUUCAAUCUAACCUCAAGGAGUUUAAGUCAAAGGGCUACUGGGGAGAGAUAAAGCCAAAUACAGACAGAGAUAAAACUCUCUACUGGUAGACACCAGGGAAUAAAGCUGUAUUACUCCAAUGAGGAUUUCAAGACUUUUAUAUCUCAGUCAUGACCCUUAAAUGAAAGCACCGGCCUAACAACAUGGAGCUGAGAUGGGAUUCUGUUCUCAGCAACGUCUGGGGUGCAUGUCUGUGAGAACAGUCCCGAUGUUGCUUCUCCGCUGCAGUCAGAGGUUUGGGUGCAGCUUGUGCAGACAUGAACUACCUUUAAAGUAGCUCAGCUGUCAGGAUUGAUACCUCCACAGAAACCCACAGGUCUGUGCACUCUGCAAGAGCCAUGGAGGGGUUACUGCUGGAUCUGUACAUGUUGUUGGACCUGCAGUGAAAUGCAUCUGCCAUUGCCAUGCCUCUAGCAGGAUCUAAGCUCUUUUUCAAAAGUAGGUGAAGCUGGGAUGAAGCAGUACAGCUGUGAUCAGUGGGAGAGAAAAAGAACCCAUCAAUCAACUGAUGCAGUUGGCAGCAGGGCAAAUACCUUCUUGCUCACAACAGAUGGGGUUUAUAGAAUUGCAUGGACUUUAAAUUUUCCAAGAAGAUAAUUUUGUGUAAAUAAGAGGAAAUAGGAACAUAAACUUGUUUUAUUUUUACUUUUUGUUCAGCCUGCAAUACUCUCUGAACAAACAUGUAAUGCUUAAUUUUGACAAAGUGGUCUGUGAAGCAUAGCUCAGUCAGCUUUUACCACACAUGCCCCCAGAAGAAGGCCUGGAGGCACCUGAUGUGUCACCCUGUGAGCCUAAUGGGAUGGGUACACAGGGAUUUUGCAGGUCUGUAGCUCUACAGAGAGAUACUAGAGAUACAGAUAUAAUAUGUGGUCUCAUGAGACACUUUCAAGAAGUGUAGCUUAGGAGUUGCAACCUCUGUUCUGAUCUUUAGACUAUCCGGUAGGAAUUUAUACUCCGUUUGGUGCAAAGAUCAACAAACUUGCCCGGGUCAAUGACCCCCAAGAAC